AUGUGUACGACAAGAAGUGAUGAAUUUGAAAUUGCUCGAUCAGUGAUCAUUAAUGGAUGUAAACGAUUGUUUGAAACGAUAAUGGGUCAUGAACAAUUAUUACAUGAUGCAAAUUUGGUAUUUGACUGUGGAUUGUUACUCAUGGUUAAUAAGGUACAACUAAUUGAUCGGCUGGGUUCAGAACCCAAUAUUAUUGGUUCUAUACAUGUAACUACUUCACAUGUUAUUUUUAAAGCUGAAGACAGUGCAAAAGAGAUUUGGAUUCCAAAUGGAUUGAUAGGGAAUGUAGAAAAAGGUGCACUUUCCGUGUUAGGAACACCUUUGUUCAUAAAAUGCAAACACUUUCUAACGUUAACUUUUUUAAUAUCACGAGAUAGCGAGUGUCAGGAUCUUAUAGAAACACUGAACAGAUGUGGCAAACCUGUAAAUAUAACGGACGUAUUUGCCUUCGAGAACAAAGAGAGAAAUGAAGAUAAUUUUUCAAAGACAAUUAAACGUGGCUGGGAUCGUUUCGAUUGGAGUGUUGAGUUCGCUCGUCAAGGUAUCGGUACGGUGGAUAAUCAGAAAUGGAAAAUCACAAAUUUUAAUGCGGGAUAUAAGUACUGUGAUACUUAUCCUGAGUGUAUAUGUGUUCCUUCUGCGACUGCCACUCAAACACUUAUAGGAUCAUGUAAAUUUCGGAGUCGAGCACGUCUUCCUGCACUCACUUAUUUUUAUCGACAAAAUUCUGCCAGUAUUUCAAGAUGUGCUCAACCCUUGACCGGUUUCAGUGCACGUUGUGUAGAGGAUGAAAUGUUGAUGAAUGCUAUAGCAAAAACAAAUCCUUCAUGUUCAAUUUUGUAUUUGAUUGAUACCAGACCUAGAGUAAAUGCCAUGGUUAAUAAGAUGCAAGGUAAAGGAUUUGAAGAUGUUCGGAAUUACACGAAUUUACGAUUUCAUUUUUUCGAUAUUGACAAUAUACAUACUAUGAGGACAAGUCUGAACAAGUUACUCCAUGCUUGUCAGCGAACGAAAACAAUUGCUGAUUAUUAUAAGCAGUUGGAAAUGUCUGGAUGGUUGAGACAUGUUCGUGCUUUGUUAGAAUGUGGUCAUUUUCUUGCUACUUCAGUAGCGCAUGGAAUUUCCUGUGUUGUGCAUUGUUCGGAUGGUUGGGAUCGUACGGCUCAAUCGGUCACCAUUGCACAGUUGUUGUUAGAUCCUUUUUUUCGCACUAUCAGGGGUUUUCAAAUUUUGAUCGAAAAAGAUUGGCUUGGUUUUGGCCAUAAAUUUGAUGAUAGGUGUGGUCACGUUGGUGCUUUUAAUGAUGAGGCAGCUCGAGAAAUUUCGCCGGUUUUUACACAAUUUUUGGAUGCAACAUAUCAAAUAAUGCAACAAUACCCAUGUUCUUUUGAAUUUAACGAACGUUAUUUGAUUCAAAUUCACGAGCAUGCUUACUCUUGUCAAUAUGGUACUUUUCUGGGAAAUUGUGACAAAGAUCGGAAGGAUCUCAAUCUAUCCAAGCGAACGCAGUCUUUGUGGGCAUACUUGGAUGACCGUCACGACGAUUAUAUCAAUCCAUUAUAUGAAGCUAGUUUUUGUAUUUUUGUUCCUGAUAUAAAUUUAUUCCUAAUAUGUUCAACAAAUAAAUGUGGUUUUCUGGAAGCUCUGAAUUUACAUCCAUCAUCAUUAAGUGUUUGGGCAGCUAUGUAUAACCGUUUUGACACUGGACUUCUACCACGAGAAAACACGAAUGAUGUUACGUUAUCAACGAUGGAGCAUGUGGGAGUGCUAGAGGCACAUUUGGCCUCUGUACAAGUGAAAUUAGCAGAACUGAAGACUGGGGUAGAAAAGCAAACUAUUGGAGGUGAAUUGAUGGAUGAUAGUGGACACAGUAGUAGUAUUUCUAGUGGUAUCACAUCUACAACAUCAAAAAUUUCAGUUAUUCUCAAAGUGUCUUUGUUACAAGACAAAAUGAUUUCAGACCUCAUCUCACUAGCUAAUGAUUGUUUGCUAACUGAAAAAGAAGAAAAACAUAAUUGGGAUAGCUUAAAGCGGCAAGAUACUCAAGAAAGUGGCAUAUAUGAUGCCUCAUUUCCUUAUAGUGAGAAUAACAGUCCAUGGCCAGCCUUGCGUUGGCAAUCAAUACGCACAUCAGAUGAAUGUGCUAAUAAAGAUUGUGGUGCAGAAUUUGUCACACGUGGUGAACGACGUUUGCAUUGUUACCGUUGUGGAAAAAUUCAUUGUCGUCGUUGUAUGGUAUUAACAUCAGAUGGUAGUGAACGAAUUUGCGUCACAUGUUCAGCAACUGCACCAUACCACAACUUUUGA